GGAGCCGCCCGACCCGCCGGGGCUCGAGUUACCGGUGACUGACAGCGUCUCCAUGGCGAAUAAUUUGACUCCGACUAUUGUCUGGCGCGGGCAGGCCCCGGGUCAGAUAACCAGACCAAUCAGGGCGCGGGCCGCCGCGCCUCAUGCCCGCUUAGAAUAAUAUUAUUAAGAAAGCAGCGAGCGAGCUAGACGGGAGGGAGAGCGAGCGGGCGGGCAGGCGGGCGGCGAGGAGGGAGCGGCGGGCGGCGGGCGCGGAGCAUGCGGAGCAGCGCCCCGGGCGGCCUCUGGGCUGGGACGCGGGGGCCUGCGAGGCGCGCGGGCGGCGGGGGUGCGCGGGCACCCGGGACCGCGCCGCGCUGAUCCGGAGCCUGCGGGGAGUCAGCCCGGGGCCGGGGGGCCCGCCCCGCCCUCCCGCCUCUCGGCCCGGCUGCCGGGCGUCCAUGCGGGAGCGUGCGGCGGGGUGAGGGCGCGGGCGGGCGGGGCGCGGCCGGCACCAUGUCCAUGCUGCCCACCUUCGGCUUCACGCAGGAGCAAGUGGCCUGCGUGUGCGAGGUGCUGCAGCAGGGCGGCAACAUCGAGCGGCUGGGCCGCUUCCUGUGGUCUCUGCCCGCCUGCGAGCACCUCCACAAGAACGAAAGCGUGCUCAAGGCCAAGGCGGUGGUGGCUUUCCACAGAGGCAACUUCCGCGAGCUCUACAAGAUCCUGGAGAGUCACCAGUUCUCGCCGCACAACCACGCCAAGCUGCAGCAGCUGUGGCUCAAAGCGCACUACAUCGAGGCGGAGAAGCUGCGCGGGCGACCGCUGGGCGCGGUGGGCAAGUACCGCGUGCGCCGCAAGUUCCCGCUGCCGCGCUCCAUCUGGGACGGCGAGGAGACCAGCUACUGCUUCAAGGAGAAGAGCCGCAGCGUGCUCCGCGAGUGGUACGCACACAACCCCUACCCCUCGCCCCGGGAGAAGCGCGAGCUGGCCGAGGCCACCGGCCUCACCACCACGCAGGUCAGCAACUGGUUCAAGAACCGCAGGCAGCGCGACCGAGCGGCCGAGGCCAAGGAAAGGUACGAGGAGAACAGCGAGAACUCCAACUCCAACAGCCACAACCCGCUGGCCUCAUCGCUGAAUGGUGGCGGCAAGUCAGUGCUGGGCAGCUCUGAGGACGAGAAGACUCCGUCCGGGACUCCGGACCACUCCUCAUCCAGCCCGGCUCUGCUGCUCAGCUCGCCACCGCCCGGGCUGCAGACCCUGCACAGCCUGGGCCACCCACCCGGGCCCAGUGCAGUGCCUGUGCCGGUGCCGGUGCCAGGGGCAGGCGGCGCAGACCCGCUGCAGCACCACCACAGCCUGCAGGACUCCAUCCUCAACCCCAUGUCGGCCAACCUCGUGGACCUGGGCUCCUAGAGCUGGAUGCCAGAACCCAGGGACAGUGCACAGCAGGAGGGCCCCGCAUCUGGUGCCCCCAAAGGUACUGACCAGCCGGUGGAGCAACCGCAGCACCCAGGACUCACUGGUCUGGUCUCAGCUUGGGAUUUGUUUGCAACAAGCUGUUUUCUGAGAUACUUUGAAGGCACCGGACAGGAUAAGGAAGGGAAUAAAUUAUACACCUCUCCUCUCCUUCUCUCUCUCUCUCUCUCUCUCUCCCUCCCUCCCUCCCUCCUUCCCUCCCUUCUCUCCCUUCCCUGGGCUUCUUUGCUCUUUUUUCUCUUCUUCUCUCUCCACUUCUUACACCCUCCCUCCUCCACUACCUCUGCUUCCCUGGUUGCUCUAUUUUUUUUCUGGUUGCUCUAUUUCUCGGUCACUGCUCAGCACAAGACUCUAGCACUACUGGUCCUUCUAUCUGUAUCCCUCGAGUCUCUUUAUUUGAGUCUCUCCUCAUUGCCCAGACUGGAAGAUCGAAGGAAAGACAGGGCUGCAGGUGUCAGCUUUGCUCUAGUAAAUUAAGUGAAGGAGAAAGGAUUGGAGAGUGGAGACCCCAGAAAGCCCCCCCCUUGCCGCUUGCACCUCUCCCUCCCCACCAGCCUGGGGACUCCUCCUUCCAGGACUAUGGGGCUGUGGUGGGCUGAAGAGAAGGACCGUGCCUCCCCAACCUCGGACUUGUCUUGCCGGCUCCUUGUUAUGUCCUCAUGUGAAUGUUCUUCGGGAAAUAUUUCUGCUUUUAUUUUAUAAUAAAAUUAGAAAUCAUAAA